GACGACUAGGUUGUUGCAGACCAUUGAUACUAAUCCCAUUUUAUUCUCCCCACUUUCCCACCAAUUUCGCCGAGUGAUCCUACCUCACCUACGCACUGGUGAAUGCGCUAACCCGCAUGAACUUGGGGCUACCACACGUCAGAGGGGUAAUGUACUACCGGCUAGGAUCGAACCAGAGUCGACUGGCGCUCUCGGACAACAACUCUAUUGGCUGCGUCACCGUGCGAGGGAACGGCGUCGGGCAGUGAGUUCGGCAAGCAGCCGAGGCCGUGGACUCUGAUUGAACGGGGUGAAAAUGUCCAAGCGAGUCGCUAUCAUUGGAGCUGGAGCCAGUGGGCUAACAUGUAUAAAGUGCUGUUUGGAUGAAGACUUGGAGCCUGUAUGCUUUGAAAGGAGCAAUGACAUUGGAGGGCUCUGGAACUUUCAGGAAGCAGUAACAGAUGGGAGACCUAGCAUCUAUAAAUCGCUGAUCAUCAACACCUCUAAAGAGAUGAUGUGCUACAGUGAUUUUCCAGUUCCUGAAGAAUAUCCAAGCUAUAUGCAUAACUCAAAGAUUAUGGAUUAUUUCCGUCUUUAUGCUACGCACUUUAAUCUGAUGAAGUAUAUACGAUUUGCGACCAAUGUCUGCAGUAUUACAAAGCAGACAGAUUUCUCCUCCACUGGACAGUGGGAUGUAGUGACAAGAGACAUUGAGGGAAAUUUGGAAACAACUACCUUUGAUGCCGUUUUGGUCUGUACUGGUCAUCACACCAACCCUCAUUUACCUCUGGAUUCAUUUCCUGGCAUAGAAAAGUUCAAGGGUCAAUACAUCCACAGUAAGGAUUAUAAAGAACCCCUAAAAUUUGAAGGGAAAAGAGUGGUGGUAAUUGGAAUUGGAAACUCUGGGGGCGACCUUGCAGUUGAAAUCAGUCGACAUGCUAAACAGGUGUUUUUGAGUACAAGAAGGGGUGCCUGGAUAAUCAACCGUGUGGCUGAAAGAGGAUACCCUGCUGACAUGAUGUAUAUCUGUCGCAUUAAUAACCUGCUUGCUUCACCUUUAACUGCUUUGUUCAUUCAGAAAUCAUUAAACAGUCGAUUUGAUCAUGCAAACUAUGGUUUGCAACCUAGCCACAGUUUUUACAGCCAGCAUCCAACAGUUAAUGAUGAUUUACCAAAUCGCAUUAUAUCCGGAGGUGUUCUUGUGAAACCUAAUGUGAAACAGUUUACUGAAUCUGCAGCCAUCUUUGAAGAUGAUACGGUGGAAGAUAUAGAUGCUGUUAUUUUUGCAACAGGAUACAGUUUUGCUUUUCCAUUUCUGGAUGAGUCUAUCAUUAAAGUCAACAAAAACCAUACCCAUCUCUAUAAGUAUGUCUUUCCGCCUCAGCUGGAGCAGCAGACUCUAGCCAUCAUUGGCCUUGUCCAGCCAUGGGGAGCCAUUAUGCCAAUAUCUGAACUGCAGGCUCGUUGGGCUACAAGGGUUUUUAAAGGUUUGGCUAAACUACCUUGUGUUAACAACAUGAUGGCAGACAUUUUGGAGAAAAAAGAAAAAAUGGCCAAAAGGUACGUCAGCUCCCAAAGGCAUACCAUUCAAGUUGAUUUCGUGCCUUACAUGGAUGAGUUAGCUGAGCUGAUCGGUGUAAAACCCAACAUAAAGCAUCUCCUCCUCAGUGAUCCACAGUUGGCAUUUCAAGUUUUCUUUGGCCCCUGCUCACCUUACCAGUUUCGAUUGACUGGACCUGGAAAAUGGCCAAAGGCUCGGGAAACCAUCUUGACACAGUGGUACCGCACAAUCAAACCCACUAAAAUGCGUGUGGUCUCUGAUAGUCAGCAAAAAGCCGCCUUGCCAAUGCUGCUGAAAUUCUUGCCUGUAUUGUUUGCCCUCUGUGCUGUUUAUCUAUUUCUCUAAUUACUUGGAAGAUUUUCAUGAGGAGUUUAGCUCAGCUUCUGAGUCAGCGAAAUAACAAUGGAGGUUCACAUUCCAAUUAUUUUUAAAUUAAUUGAUUAUAAUUUGAAAUAACUCAAGUGCCUUGAUUGAAACAAACUUGAGGUCUUGUUCAAUUGUUUUUUUUUACUGAGUGGAAUAUUUUGCCAAGAAGCAGCCUUUGCUCAUUCAAUGAGCAAAAUGUGCCUUGUAUUUAUAAUCACUAAUUUAAAAGUUGCCCUUUUACCAUUCAUGAGCUGUAGAUACACAAUUGGGCAUUUAAAAAUAGUAUUCCAUAAACUUCUUUUAAAAUAUUCAGACAACUCUAACUUUGUAUUUUAACAAUCAUUGAAUAGAUUCCUUGAGGUAUAGCCAGUUGUCUGAGGUGUUGCAAAGUGAUUGUGGAAUCUACACCCCAUUUGGAGUUUGCAGUUUGGAAAUGAAAGAGGUGAAAAAGUGUGAGCCUCCCUGACUAUAGGAAAAGUAUUUACAUAGUUCUUCACAAAUUUGCACUUUAUCCCAGAAGUGGAAGUUAUAAGCUUGUUUCACAAAUCCUCAGCUUGGCUGAGUUGGCAACACUCACCACACUGAAGUUUCAAAUCCUGAUCCAAGGCUGGGGUAUGGUAGAUGGGUUCUUCACACAUUCUGGCCAACAUUCCUCCCUCAACUAAUGCCUAAUAAGGCAGUUUUACCUCAGACAUCCCUCUUGUAAUUGGGGGAUCUUGCUGUGAUCUUACUGAAAAAUACAGAUCUUACUGAAAAGUAAAAUACGGAACUUACUUGCGGAUCUUACUGAGAAAUAUUAUAAUACUACUUUUAUCUUUAUGAAUUGUUGAGAUAUCCCAUUAUGUGCCAAGGCCUGCCAGCAAAACUGGUGAAAAUACCUGACAACUGGUUAUGCCACAUCCCCAUUUUAGCCAUCUGCCAAUGCCAUCAAAACAUAAUGUUUCUUUCAUUCAAAAACAUUCCAAAAUUUUUAAAAGUUAAUGAAAACUAUUAUAAAACUUGAAAAUUAUUACAAUUUUGCUUCCUACUGUGGAUUUUCAGAGCUUCUUCAUUUGAGGGUGGUUCUGCAGUAUUUGAACUCUCAACUUUAUACAAACAUCUUAUUCCCUUGACAAAACUGCAAACCAAGGUUCAAGUAACUCAGCCAUGUCACAUCCUGGUAUGGUAGCAUACUGAUUGUUACUUGACAAUAUUCAGGCACCUGGACUAUUGUCCUGGAGAUACAAGUUUGAAUCUCACCAAAAGCAGCUGUGGUACGUGAUAUUCAAGGUAAUUAAAUAAAUCUGCAAUUAAAAAGUUGUUCUCAAUAAUACUGAUCAUUAAAUGAGUAUUUUCAUUGAAACCUUUCUCGUUCAUUAAUGCCCUCUGGCAAAGGAAAAUUGCCAAUUUUACUCUGUCUGUCCUGCAUGUGACUGCAAGAUUGUUAACUGUCCUCUGAAAUGGCAUGAAAGAGCAACUGGGGAUGGUCUUUAGAUGCUAAGUGGUCCUCAUCCCAUGAAUGGAUAAAUUCACAGAAAAGCACGUAGGUUGAUUACAACUCUGUACACAGCUUCCGCAUUGCUAUAUAUCACUGCAAGAGUGUGUGACUGCAGAGUCUCUUGAAAUAAAUAGUUCUCUUGCCCUGACAUAACAACCCUGUUUAAGUUUUAUAAACAGUCAGUGGCUAUGGUGUACCCAUGUAUUACCACUAAAUUUUAUGACAGGUAUGGUCUUAUCAGAUGAUCACUUUCAUAUUGCAACAGUAUGAGUCCAUGGGUCACUCAGGAUCCAUUCCAGAGAACAGCAGUGUAGGAUCAUUUCCAGAACAAGUGGGAUGAAAGCCAAGUGGGUUCUAUGUCAUGUAGACAACAUAGUUUGUUACAAUCACAAAGGAAGAGAAAUUGAAAGUUGUUCCUAAUUUUUCUGUAGAUAUGUAGUAAACCAUGUAAAUUUGAAAAUGUUUAUUUUCCAAUAAAAGGAGCCUCCUUCCACUCUCACAAAUAAAGGGUA